AUGUUUUUACCGACCGAGGGUGAAAUUGUCGCCCAUAUUUGUCCUUCUAAAGAGGAAAAAGGACAAGGUGUUGAAGCCGAAGAGGAUGAUGGUAGCGGAGAGCAGGCGCCAAUCAGGCUGCGUGAGGCAAAGACCUCUUUGGAGGUAUUGGGUCUCUUCAUUCUCCAGCAAGAUGGCGACCAAUCAGAGCAUCUGGCGAUGGUGUGCAAGCUGCGGGAUGCAGUGGCCAAGCAUGGAAUAGGAAGACAAGUUCGAACGACUCUGCGCAGUUAA